CAUUAAAGCAUUUCAAAGAUUGGAGCUUAUUUCUUAAUUCGUAAGUUUGAACUUGAAAGCAUUUUUUAGAGAAGAUGUGAGAGAAGAGGUUUUUUGAGUUGUUUUUUUUUUGGAAAAACAUUUGUACUUGGGGGUGAGGGGUGCGUCGUUUUUAACCCUAGCGUGUCAGUAGACCUACCAGGGUCCUUAUAGCCUCGUAUUUGUAUAAUCCAUUUGUGUUUCUGUAAGGAUUUUACGCUUUAUUUUCUUUAAUUCCAGUGUUUUUAACAUUAUCUGAUUACAAAGAUUUUCUAGGUUCCUGUUGGGUUGUUUAAGUGGAAACGACAGUACGUUUAGAAACAUCAGUAAUGUUUACUCAAACUCGUUUCUUCCACACUUCUCGAUUCAUUCGAUCGAACCUUCGCUCUGAUGCAGUUAAAAUAUUUCGUUCGGCUUUAAAAGCAGUCACACCACAAGAAAUGGUCAAAAAUGCUCUAACUCUGAAUAAAACGAGGCUGUUAGUAAACAAAGAGACAGAGUAUAUGGUGUACAAGAAUGUGUACGUGGUUGCUUUUGGGAAGGCAGUGCUUGGAAUGGCCAAAGCUGUGGAGGACAUCUUAGGCCAGAAUAUUGUGCAAGGAGUAGCGAGCAUUCCAUGCGGUCUACAAGACGCCAUUAAGGAAUCAGGAAAUGAAGAAUUUAUUAGAAACACUCUGCUACAAGAAAACAGCCCGAUCAACGUCAUUGAAGGAGCAGCUCACAAUCUGCCAGAUUUUAGAGCACAAUACGCUGCUUCACAAAUCCAGAAGGUUGCUGUAAAAGUCAAAGAUGAAGAUCUGCUUAUAGUUUUGAUUUCUGGAGGUGGUUCUGCACUUCUGCCAUCACCAGUAGAUGCAAUUACACUAGAGGAGAAACUACAGACCAUAAAAGCCCUGGCUUCAAGUGGAGCAACGAUCAAUGAACUCAACACUGUAAGGAAAAAUCUAUCCAAACUAAAAGGUGGAAAGCUGGCAAAGAUUGCGCAUCCAGCAAAGGUAGUAACCUUGAUUCUAUCGGACGUGAUUGGUGACCCACUGGAUAUAAUAGCAAGUGGACCAACAGUUUUUGAUUCCUCUACACCCAGAGACUGUUUGCAUAUUAUUUCCAAGCUACAUGCUGUGGAAAAGGUCCCUAGGUCUGUUCUAAACUUCUUAACAAAGAGGGAAUCGCAUUCUGGUUCCAAGCAGAAUGCUGAGGAUGAUUUUUCUCAUGUCAAAAAUGUUUUAGUAGGUACAAAUAGAAUUGCAGUCAACGCUGCUGCACAAGAAGCCAGCUCUCUAGGUUAUACUCCAGUUAUUGCUUCUACUACACUGGAAGGAGAGGCGCGUGAGCUUGGUGUCGGGUUUGCAAGCCUUGCUGGCGUAGCAAUAAAAGGAGAAAUGCUCUCGUCAGAUGUGCCUCCAGGAGGAAAGCUACUCUUGAAUGACAAUUUAGUUAAUGAACUGAAAAGUGUGAAAAAACCUGUCUGUGUCAUUGGGGCAGGAGAGACGACAGUCACUCUCAAAGGUAAAGGUAUAGGAGGUCGUAACCAAGAAAUGGCACUCUCCUGUGCAUUGACAAUGCACAAAGCUCUAAAAACCCAACCUGGAGGCUUACCCAGCAGCGAUGAACAGGUUGCUUUUCUAAGUGCUGGAACAGAUGGCCAGGAUGGGCCUUGCCCGGCAGCUGGUGCUAUUGCUGGACCUGGACAGGUUUCCGAGGCAACCAUAGAAGGAAUGGACCCCCAGCAAGCAAUAGAUAACAAUGAUUCUUAUUCUUUCUAUUCUAAAUUCAAAGGUGGUAGAGAUCAUAUUGUUACGGGGUUAACUGGURCUAAUGUGAUGGAUAUUCAGCUUUUACUUAUAGACCCAAAAAGAAACUAGAUGUUCAAUAAUACAAUAAUAAAAUGAAUACUUUAUUUCUUGAUAUUUUUCACAUUUAGCAGUUUGUUUUCACUUAGUAGCAAAAAGCUGGUAAAACACAAGAACAGUACCCAUAUAUGUUCACUGUUACUCCAUUGACAGUCCACUAUCGAUAUCACCUGGCAUUGCACGGCCAACUAGUCUCCUACGCAGCCGCUAUUAGCGUCGUCACACAAUGCUCACUCCCCUAAGUAGCUACACUAUUAGAUACUAAUAGCAGCUGCAUAGGAGACUAACGGCCAACUUUCUAAAGAAAGAUACUCCUAUCGGUGGACAGUGGAAUGACAAAAAGCUGUCAAAUGACUGACAAAUGCCUGACAGUCAAUCGACAGGGCAUCUGGGUGGCUGAUCUUGUAUUUUACUAAACACGCUGUCACUUUGCAGUUGCCGAUGGAGCCAAUGAAGGUUCGCUGCUGGGUGGUCAUGAGAAUAGUCUGUGCAUAGCACAACAGGUUUUCGCAUUUUUAUCUUGUGGCAUAUGCUAUAAUCUUUAGAUAUAAUGUCGUAAAAUGUAAAAAUAUUGUAUAAAAUGGAUGAAAUUAAUUUAAAUGGAAUUUGAAUAUUAUAGAAUAUGUUAACUGUGUGGUUUUAGAAUGACUGAUAAUAGAUGUAUUUUUGUUUCUGUUUUUUCCCUCUUCAUUUAUCUUGCUUGGCGAGGGUUAAUUUCUUCUCAAAGAGGAUAGAAACAAGAAACCUCUGCCACGAAAAAUUAUUUAAGAGCUUGAUAUCUUUUUUAUCCACUAGUUUUCCAUAUGAUAUUGCUCAAGUAGCUCAAGGAUUGCUCGUCCACGAUAUCAUAUGAAAGGUUGUGAUUAAAAACAAUAUCAAGCUCCUAACAUAUUGUGAUAAUCUCUAUAUAUCUUAGAAAAAAAGUGAUUAUAUUUAAUCCAUAGAAUAAAAUUAAUAUUAGUCUAACAGACAAUAAUAAUAUUAAUAAUAAUAAUAAUAACAACAACAAUAUUUAAUUGAAAUAAUGAAAUAAUGAAUGAAUAUAACUAAUAAUAAUUUGAAUAAAAAUUAUUUGCUGAAGGCGAAGUGAAUAUCGGAAAAUAUUUACAGAGACAUGAGUUUUCAAGCGGAGAGGUUAAUAUUUCCCGAUAUUCACUGAGCCUGAGGCGAAUAAUUGUUUUAGUAUUUUUAACACAAGUGAAUAUAAUAAAUAAUGGAGAUAGAGUGUUUUUCUCUGCAACUGGCACAAAUCAACAGACAAGCAUGGGUGUAAUCUUGACCAAUGGGUGUGCAGGAUUUUUCUAUAUUCACUUGUGUUAAAAUACUAAUAAUAAAUAAUAAUGAUAAAAUAAAUAAAGGAAUACAUGAUUUCUAUCAUUUUCUUUAGUUUUCAAUCUGGCAUUAGAUGUUUUUUCAUGGAUUAUAUGGAAUCACUUAAAAUAUAAGUAAUAAAUUCAUAAUGUAGUAUUUGAUUUAUAUCAAAAGCAAUCAAAUAAUAUUAGAACUAAAGUAUGAAUAGAUAUUGUAACAAAUGUAGAAAAAAAAAAAGUUGAAAACUUA